AUGAAAAUUUUACUCGAGGAGGCUUCUGUCGGACUAAUCGAUGAAUUCUGCAUUCUCUGCAACGUGUGGCUGGCGGGCAAUGUGUCGCAGCACACACACGGCGAGAAGCACUUGAGGUGGAGUGAAGCCGCACAGGCCGUCUUUCGUCAAACGGCACCGGCAGCGUGUGUUUUGGCGGCUACACUUCUUCGUCGCGUAGUGGAGGGCGAGGUGCGGGAUCAUUACUGCAGCCGUUGCAGCCAGCAUGUGGGUGGAAAGUUUCGCCAGGCCAUACACCACCUUGACAGCCGCCGGCACCAUCGUAAGGAGGAAAAGCAGACUUCUCUCGUCUCCACGGUGAUAAAGGAGGCAUCACUUCACUCGGAUGGUUUUGUUCAGGGCGUAUUUUGUUCCAUGUGCCUCUGCGUGGUUCCUGUGCAGCAGGAGAAACACCUGCUUUCAAAGCGGCAUCAACGGAACCUGCGUGCGGCCAUGUCUUCUGCUUCGCAAACGGAAGCAGCAGAGGCAAGGCAGGAGAUGUGGGUCGAACUGCUUCAGCCUCUGCACGGUAAUAUUUGCUGUUCCUGUGCCGCGUACGUUCCUGCGGAAGAUAUUAUGCAGCACUUUACAUCAGAACGACACAAAAGAGCACACAGUUUUGCACUGGGCAUAAAGGACAAGGACGGCGAUAAAGGCCUGCGAGGUCUUCUUGAAAAUGCAGAAGAGCACGCCGUGGAUCGUUACUGCUCGGUGUGCGAUGUCACGCUAAGAGCUUCCAUGCGGACGCAGCAUGCACAGGGGAAGCGUCACAACAUGGAGUUGCUGAAAGCAUAUCGCGAUCCGGAAGGGCACAUAAAGCUCUGGAGGGAGCGAUUCAUCGCCAGCUUAGCGAAGGAGCGGGGACAGUUCCCAAAUGUUGACAACACAAUGCCCACGGUAGAAGUGCCAUCCGCACCGCUAGAUUCCUUAACAUCAGUUGCGCCCACCAGCGCAACGCCUGAGAAAUGCCCACAAGAACCAUCGGGGACUUGCUUACUUGCUGAUAUGCCACUGCUCUUUUUCUUCAUUAAUGGGCUUUGCAUCCUUUGUGACUGCGUUGUGACACCUCAAUCGACGGGUCUGGUAGCGACACCCGUCGGCAAGGAGCACUGCCGAACCCCAAAGCAUAAAGAGGCCCUUGAUGCAUUUGUUUUCCAACAACGCGAGAUGGGGCAGGUGGAUGCGGCAACAGCGUGGGCGGCUCGUUGGUACAAGGAUGCGUUUGGUGCCUUGCGGGAGGAGUGCGCCUCCUGGCGUGAAUGUGCCGAACGCUUGUCGCUUUACACAAGUGAUGAUUUUAUGAAAUUACUGCAAGACGAUCUCCGUGCGGAUGCAUUUGUGGAGGCCGUCAGUUUGUUAUGGACAGCCUCAUAA